AUGGCCAGCAGGACUCGGGCAGUGACCUUCCCCCUGUGCUCAGCACUGGCCCAGGAUGAUGUUCCAGCGGAGGCGCGGCCCGGCCGGCCCCGGGCGCUGGGGCCUGGCCCCAGGCACGGAAAGGAGCGAGAGAAUGGGAGCUUCACCUGUGCGGACAGUGCCAUGCUCAGCUGGGAUCAGGGGACCCCUCCAAGGUGCCAGGUGACGGCCAAGCAGCUCCUGCUCCAGCCCAGGGUCCAGGAAAGAGCUCAGAGUCUCCAGGCGGUGGUGCAGGGCAGGGUCCCUGUGCCAGCUGCCCUCAGCCCCUCGUCUGCCCCGGCACAGGGACGCUGCCAGCGCCAUGGCCCGGCCCGGCAGCACCCCAACCACGCGCAGCAGCCGCUGCUGUGUCCCAGCUCAGCUGCCUCAGCAAACUCACACUUCUCUCUUCUUCCUACGGGGGCUCUCCCAGCUCCACUCACCGUCACUGCACCCCCCGGCCCCAUCACCGUGGCCAAGGGCGAGGACGUGGUGCUGCCCUGCAGCUUCUCCCCGGGGCAGAAUGCACAGGACACGGAGGUGACCUGGUUUCGGGAGCAGUUCUUGCCCUUUGUGCAUCGCUACAAGUUGGGCCAGGACCAGUACGGGGAGCAGAUGGUUCAGUACCAAGGGCGCACUGAGCUGGGGAAGGACGGCCUUGCCAAGGGCAGCGCGGACUUGAGGAUCUUCCAUGUCCAACCAUCUGACACAGGGAAUUACACCUGCUUUGUUCGCCGUGGCUCAGAUUACGAUGAUGCUCUGGUGGAGCUCAAGGUGACAGCCAGCGGCUCUGCCCCGCUCAUCGCGCUGGAGCGCUACGAGCACGGGGGGAUCCGGGUGGCCUGUCGCUCUGCCGGCUGGUACCCACGGCCCCGGGUGCUGUGGCACGAUCCCCACGGGCGCCAUCUCCCGUCCCUCUCGGAAAACGCUACCCAGGACAAGAAUGGGCUCUUUGCAGCUGAGAGCAGCAUCAUCCUCACCAGGGCUGGGAACCAGGAACUCUCCUGCUCGGUGCAGCACCUCCCGCACACACCGGGGCAGGGAUCAGCCCUUUACGUCUCAGAUCCCUUUUUCCAAGAUGCCCAUCCUUGGAGGAUUGCCCUGGGCGUGGUCCUGGCUGCUGUGGUCACUCUCCUUAUUAUCGCUGUUUGUCUAUUUAAAAUUAAAGUGCUCGUUGGAGGGGAUGAGUUUCUAAAUUAUUUCCAUUUCUUUCUUUCUUCACAGGAAAGCACUGCAGGCUGGGGGUGGGACAGGGCUUUGCACUGCUCAGCCUUGGCACAAACCCGCCCUCCAGCCCGUGCAGGGGGUCCCAGGAGAGGGCAGACAGGGGAUGUCCAAAUCAAUGGCCCACAACCCAUUUGUGCUGCUUUAUCUUCCUUUUCAGAGCAACAAGCCCAGGAACUUGCCUGGAGAAGACACGCAGUGCCUAUAGAAGAAGGGAACGUGGUUCUGGAUCCAGACACAGCCCACUGUGAGCUUGUCCUGUCUGACAAUGGCAAAAGGGUGACACGAGCUGACACACGACAGAACAUCCCCGACACCCCCGAGAGAUUUAACGUGUGCCACUGCGUUCUGGGCUGUGAGGGCUUCACCUCGGGGAGACACUACUGGGAGGUGGAGGUGGUGGAGGAUGCAGGAAGAUGGGCUGUGGGGAUUUUUAGAGAAGAUGUGAGAAGGAAGGGUUAUAUUGAGCUUAAACCAGAGAAAGGCAUCUGGGCAGUGGGGAAACAGGCAGUCAUGAAAGCUUUCACCUCCCCUAGUCCCACUGAAUUGUUUAUAAUCAAGGCUCCCAGGCGGAUCCGGGUCUUUCUGGAUUAUGAAAUGGGACAGGUGGCAUUUUUCAGUGUUGAUGAGGGGAUUCCCAUCUUCACGUUUCCACGGGUAUUGUUUGAGGGGAAAAUAGUCCACCCUUGGGUCUCUAUAGGUCCUGAGACAUGUCUGAAAAUAUGGCCCUGAUGAAGAGGAGGCAGUAAGAGAAGGGUCUCCAAGGGUGGAGAUCUCGUUACCUCUCUGCACCUCUCUUCCAUGCUGCAUCCCUCCAAGAUCUUUC